AUGAAUACUACAGACAGAGAUGUGCAAGUAUCGAUUCAUGCCGAAGACGACAUGCAGGAAAAUCUAGAAACAUUUCGUGAUAUAGACGAUACCAACAGCAAAACCAAUUGUUAUUGUUUUAAUGUAAAUAAAAAAUAUUUAGUUCCUAGUGUCAGAAGCAAACGUAUCGACGUAUAUCAAAAUAGCACUGUAAAUAGUAAUAAAUAUCUUGAGGAAUAUAAGCACACGGAUGAGCUCGAAAUCAAGACUAUUAAAGAAUUACGGAAACAAAAUGAUAUCUUCGUUGCAGAGAACGAAUCCGAGAACGAUACAUCAAAUCACAAUAAAUUACCAGAUAACGUUGGUUUAAUCAACGAAAUCAUUAAUUCGGAAGGCGAGAAAAAUGAACCAUGGAUCGAAGAACGAGAAAGCGAAGAACAAUAUAGAGAAGACGUUUAUUGUGAAAAUACAGAUUAUGAAUUACGAGAAGAUGAGUUUUAUUCUGAAAAAGAGAUUUUACGGGCAGAAGAAAUAAAAAAAUCACCACUAGAGACACGAUUGGACAUUAUCGCGGAAAUAAAAGAAUUAAAAGAUGAAUACCGAAAACUUAAAAUAAAGAAUGACUUUUUGCAUAAAAAGUGUGCCGAUUAUUUCAAGAAACACAGACGAUUCAACUUGUUGGAUAGAAUUGCAGAUAUAUCGUUAAUAUAUAAAAAUGACAGGUACUUUCGAGAAAUUGAAUUCAGGUAUAGAGCUAUCAUGGACACCUUCUCCACGACGAAAGAGAACAUUGAAAUAAUGUCAUCGCAUUUAGAGAAUAACAUUUCUCAGAUGGAAGCAACAUACGCGUUUAAAUUAGACGAAUACGAUGAAACAUUUAACCAAUUCAUCGUGCGUGAGUUGGAAUUUGGCAAACAGACUAUAAGUACUAAAAACAGCAAAUCAUUACCACUAAAAGAAAUUAAACUGUUUUUGGAAAAACAACAAUCGCGCAUCGAUAAUCUCACCAGAAUACGAGUUCUUUACAUAACACGAUUGAACCAACUCGCUAGAAUUUCCAGUAAAAUAUAUGGACCCCAAAAUACCAAAAUAAAGGAGACCAUGGCCUAUGAAUACUUGAUUACAAAAAAGACCUCGUUAGUUGACAAAUUAGAAGAGCGUACCGAGGAAAUUCGGAAACUUAACGAGAAAUGUGUCAUAUCUGUCAGCGUAUGUUCGUUCAUUGAAUUCUUACUGAAAAUAAUUAUUACAUUAAGACACAUACAAGAAACGACAUAUGCCUAUGAAGAUGACGUCCACGUUUCAAUGGGGAUACUAAAAGGAUUGUCAAAAGACCAAAUAGAAAUGAGGCAAAACAUUAUGAACAUGGAAUUACACAAGGACACUUUGCGUUUUCAAUACAGAAAAUUACAAGAGUCAACUGGUCUUCUGGCAAUGCCAAUGUUGUUGCGACAAAUAAAGUUGGAUUUACUGGAUCUUGAAUCCCUUAAAAUGCGUACACGUGAAGUGCAAGCUGUAAUUCUUAAAAAUAGGGCUUGUAUAGAAUUCAUGAAAGCUCGUUUAGAGAAGAAAACGUCGCGGCCCCGGUUGUAAGAGUUUAACGUUAAAGGAAAAGUAACUUCACUUAGUACGGUUUUAAAUUAAAACGAUAUUACCUAACUUUGUAAAGAAAUUAAAAACUUAAUAAUACAUUUUAUGAAUAUUAUUAUUUAUUAGCGUAUUUCGUAAAGAGCUGUAUUAUAUGCAUACGCGUUAUUUAAAUAUAUUUGUUUUAAAAAUGGUA